GUCGAGUUCUGCUCUGUUACGCCGGCUAUACUUUUGCUGUUCCAAACAAAUUUUUACUGAUAGUGUGUAAAAAUCUAAAUUUUCACAACUGGAUUUCAAUUAACGGCGUAAUGAAGCAAAGUUUUUUGCAGUGGUGGAACGACGACGUAACUGACCGGUAUGAAAUUUGAAAAUUUGAAACAUGUGAAGAUGGUCGUGCCGACUAUUGUCAUGUUCGGUGUUGUCCCUCAGUAUUUUCUUAUUUGGUUAACUUGGAGGGUUGUGUCCUGUUUGCUACCAAAUUGGAUAUAUCAAGCCGGGGACGAUAUUUAUUAUUCUGUGUAUCAAAAACUAGUACUUUUCUUUUUCGAGCAUGUUACCGGCACUAAACUCAUUCUCUACGGAAAUGUUGAAGAGGUUUCAACUAAGAAAGAAAGGGUUAUAUAUAUCAGUAACCAUCAAAGCACUGUGGACUGGGUCAUUGUACAUAUGCUAGCUGAUAGGCAGGGCUCCAUAGGUCAUGUCCGAUAUGUCAUGAAAGAUUCUCUGCAACUUGUUCCAAUGUAUGGAUUUUAUUUUUAUGAGCAUGGCUGCGUUUUCGUAAAGAGACAUUAUUUUGACUCAAAUAAAAUGAUAUCUUCUCUACAAUAUUUACAAAAUAAGAGAAUUCCUACAUGGAUGGUUAUAUUUCCUGAAGGAACUCGAUAUAAUCCACUCGCAUCUAAUGUUAUUGAAAAAAGCAGAGCAUUUGCCAAAGAACGGGGUCUUGUGCCUUUGAAGCAUGUCCUCACCCCUAAGUAUAAAGGCUUUCACAUAGCUUUAGAAAAUAUGAAAGAUAAUCUUGAUGCAGUAUAUGAUGCAACUGUGAUUUAUUCUUGUACAAAAGGUGACAAAAAAACUCUGCGUAUGAAGGCGCCAUCAAUGUUUGAAUUUGUAACUGGUUGUUGUGAUGCUGUGUAUAUUCAUAUUAAUCGCAUUGAUACGUGUAGCAUUCCUGCAAAUGAAUCAGAAUUAAAGUUGUGGCUUCAUAACAUUUUCCUAAAGAAAGACAGACUCCUUGAAGACUAUUAUAGUGGAAAGCAAUCUCCGUCCAAGUGUCUUUUAUUAUCUCAAGGAAUCAGAUCUCCUGCAAAUCUUUUACAGAAUCUAGGUUGUUUUGUCUUCUUCAUGACACUCAGUGCUCCAUUUAUAUUUACAUCAUAUGGACGUUCUUUAUAUUGGAAAACUUGGAUCUUCGGCAGUAUUUUUGGCUAUUUUUGGCUUGGCAUUAGGUCAGUCAGUUGAUUUUAUCUUUUAUAGUGGAGAAAAAGAACUGAUGCAAUCCAAUUUUAUGAAAAUUGCGGAGAUCAUCUUGCCUAGUCAUAAAAAUUGCUAGUCUAGAAAAAUCACCAAAUAAUUGUUCAACAAGUUGAUCUCUGUAGUUGUAGUUACUCAAACAUGCUUGAUUAAAAUUUCCUGCAUGACAAAUGUUAACAGUUUUUAGAAACGUAUCUAUACGAUUUUAAGCUUUAAAAUGUAGAAUAAAAUUAUUUGUAAUUUGUUCUCUGCAGUCUACAUUAUGAAAGUUAAGUAUAGUUAACUGUAGAAGUGGAACUUUAUAUAAUUAUGUAAUUUUCCACUGAGUAUUGAAAAUUUUAUGCAGAAUGAUUGCUUUUAAACUGAUUAGUAAAAAGCACAUCACAUAUAGGAAAAUAAAAGUAUGUUUGUUUAUCGCAAUUAGAAAAAAUAAGAGUACGAAACUGCCAGUGAAUUUUACUUCCUAUCGAUGUGAAAUUUUAUGUUCCUGUGUUGUAUAUUUCUCUGUUUGAGAAUAUUCAAGUGUUAUUUCAUCCUUUAAAUUUUAAAUAAAUUUUACUUUUUUAGAGCUUAAAAUUAACUCUGAGUGUCAAGGAAUGUUAAAUUUAUAUCUUAAUACCAUAAGAGCUAGCACUCCUUGGCAUAAGUGGAUUAAAUUAAUAAUAUUUUUACAUCUGAUGUGUUGUUUUAUAGAUUACUCUUAUAACCUGUGUUAAAUGGUUAAAAGUUUAUAGAAUGCAAUACUGUCCUUUCAAAUCUAUUUAACUGUUAAUAUUCACUUAUAUAUAUAUAUAUGUGAUUUUUAGAAUGUUUUGAAAAACAUAUUUCU